AUGGGAAUCUCUAAAACCAGUGAAGUUCCAGUGGCAACAAAACCUGACUAUGAUAGAGCAAGUGAGCUGAAAGCUUUUGAUGAAACAAAAGACGGUGUUAAAGGACUUGUUGAUGCUUCUAUCACAAACAUCCCUUGCAUGUUCCAUCACGAAAUUGAUGAAGAUUCAGCUUCAUCUUCAAGCAGCACCACCAAACUUAUUGUUCCUUCUGUUGAUCUUGUUGAUAUUCAUCAAGACCCAACAAGAAGAAAAACAGUUGUUGAGAAAAUUAGAGAGGCAUCUGAGACAUGGGGUUUCUUUCAAGUUGUUAAUCAUGGAAUAGAAGUUACUGUUUUGGAUGAGAUGAAGAAUGGGAUUAUAAGAUUCUUUGAAAUUUCUGAUUAA